UCCUCGCUCGCGUUCGGUAGUGCACAGAGCUUGCUGGUGCACCCGGAAGAAGGUGUUGUUGUCGCUCGGAAUCACGCAACUUUUUGACAGCGGCGAGCUGUGAGUGCUCGCGGCAGAGCCAGUGGAAUGAGUGUCGUCGGUGGUUCGAUGUGUAGAGCACGCGGUGGAGGUUGAGGCAGAUUCUCCAACGAGUACCGUUCAAGCUUGAAUUAAAGCACAUUUAUGAAUCAGAAUGUGCUGUGUUACAAAACCCAUAUCGUUGCAACCAGUUAAAUGAACACGUGGGUGUGUGAUUAAUGAAUGAAUAAAAAGGAGGAAAAAACAGUGUUGAUAAUCCACCCUACUUUUGUCACGAAGGGCUUCGUCCUGGCGAGGGUUCUUUUGUUCGUGAAGAAGCCACAGGAAAAAAGUGAAAAAAAUAAAUGUAGGAUGUGUGAAUCCCGAAGGAAACAAUAGUCCCACCCACAGCCGAAACGGAUUAAGUGGACCGUCCGGGCGAGGAAUUCCAGUCCAAGUUGAGGGAGGGGGUGGCUUAAGCGUCAAGUGUGUUGUUCAAAACUCCAAAAAUCCCGCUCUGGUGACAACGAAACUCGCGCGGGCAAGUGUUGUUUUCGGAAGGUUGUUUAUUUUCCCGGUUUUCCGUUUUAUUUCCCCGAGAAAGUUGUGAGCAAAAAAUGCUCCCAUUCGAUCGUUCAACAAAAACAACAACAACAGCAACGGCAAUUUCGGCUCAACUGACCAACGGCAGGUGCAAUGCGACCACAGCGGUACAAAAAUGGCGAUUGUUGUUCCGGUGUUGUUGUGGCCACGAUGGCUAGGACGGCGUACGGUUGGGGAAGUGCGACGGAGCGGCAGCGGCGGCGGCCCCGUCGACACGGUCUGGGAUUUAUGGCCGGAUUGGUCGCGUUGCUAGUGGCCACCGUGGGAGCGACCGGACUGAUGGGAGCCGGUGCGAGCAGAGUUUUCGACACCGAGAUCCAGAGCGUUUUGCGGUACGUGGCCGUCGCCGGCCGGAACGUAACCCUGGGCUGCCCGGGCGUCAGCGAGCGCUCGCUGGUGGACAGCCUGGUCUGGCGGACGCCGUCGCAAACCGUGGCCGAGUACGCGUCCGGGAUGCCCCAGCUGGUCGUCAGCACCAGGAUCACGUUGCUUCCGGAUAACUUCAGUCUGCACUUUAACCCGGCAUUUGCGUCCGACUCGGCCGAGUACAGCUGCCUGGUGAACGACCGGCACAGCCCGGAAGCGCUGGUGGAGUUGAUUGUGCAAGAUGUUCCGGACGCGCCGGGCCGCCCACUGGUCGUCAGCUUCACCUCCCGGUCCGUGGACCUGUCCUGGGCGUACUCGCAGGAUCCCCGGAACGCGCCCAUCAAGCAUUUCGUCAUCGAAACAAGAAUCGGCGAAAACGGCGACUGGGACCAGGUGGAGCCGAUCUUCACCAAGGGCAGCCAGUCGUCGCACCAGGUUACCGGCCUCGUCCCGUUCACCGUGUACAGCUUCCGGGUGGUGGCCGUCAACGAGCACGGCCACAGCUCACCCUCGAAGGAGUCCUACUACUUCGUGACGCUGCGGGAAGCCCCCACCGGCAAACCGGUCACGACGAUCGCCCACAACACUUCCGCCACGUCGGUGUACGUCUCGUGGAAAUCGCCGCCGCCGGAGACGAUAUUCGGCGAGUUCCUCGGCUACCGGAUCACGUACCGCACGCGGGACAAAAACCCCGAGGACGACGCCCAGGAGAUCUACAUCCGUGACAGCACUGUCGAGAGCCACGAGAUACAUAACCUUGAAACGUACACCCAGUACCUCGUGUCGAUCCAGGUGUUCAAUCCGGAGGGGCUCGGUCCGCCGACGACGGUGCUGGUCAUGACCGACGAGGGCGUUCCCAGCAAACCGUUGAAUCUGAGCGUGCUCGAGGUGACCUCCACUACGAUCAAGAUCACGUGGCGAGAGCCAGAGAAACUGAACGGGGCGAUCCAUGGGUACCGGGUUUACUACGUGCACCAGAACCAAACACUGCUGCAUCUGCCGAUCCUGAAGGCGGAAGCCGCCGUCAACUCGGUCUACACCUACACGCUAUCCAACUUGAAGCCCUACACCGACUACAAGAUCAUCGUGGCCGCGUUCACUAAAAAGUUCGACGGCGAGCCAUCCGAGGUCUCGCAGCGGACGGACAUUGCCGGCCCGAGCGCCCCCAAGGUGGUCAACCUGACGUGCCACUCGCAGGACGCGCUCUUCUUCGGGUGGCGCAUCCCGCAGACGUACUACAACACCAUCGACUACUACAUUAUCAGCUAUCGAAACGUGGUAUAUGCCGACUUCCGGGAGAUCCGGAUCACGGCAAAUGCAUCCAUCGUGGAGACCUCGAUGAUCAUCCCCAACUUGACCACCAACUCGUUGUACGAGGUUAAGGUUCGGGCAGCCUCCACCAGCGUGAUCAACCCGAAGCAGAUCAUCCUUGGGUCGUACUCGGAGCCCAAGAAGAUCAACGUGCAGCUCAACUGCGAAAAAAUCCCACCGCCGUCGCAACGGCAAUCGUACAACGACUACAACCUGGCCGUCAUGAUCGGCAUCCUGAUCUGCUGCUUCGGGCUGCUGUUCAUCGUGCUGACCAUCCUUCUGUGGAAGAAAUGCUUCCACGCGGCCUACUACUACCUGGACGACCCGCCGGCCUGCGGCAACUCGGGCGGUGGCAACUCGGCCGGCAUCGUCGACUGGGAGGCGCCGUGCGAGGUGGCGGGCGAGAUGCGCUCGUCGAUUCCGGUGUGCGAGUUCGCCAAGCACGUGGCGGCGCUGCAUGUCGAUGGUGACAUCGGCUUCAGCAAGGAGUACGAGGCGAUCCAGGGCGAGGCGCUGAACGACGAGUACCCGUCGGAGCACUCGCAGCACCCGGACAACAAGGCCAAGAACCGGUACCUGAACGUGAUUGCUUAUGAUCACAGCAGAGUGCACCUGCGGCAAGUUCCGGGCCAGAAGAAGCAUCUGGACUACAUCAAUGCGAACUUCAUCGAUGGGUACCAGAAGCCGCGGGCGUUCAUCGGGACGCAGGGUCCGCUGCCGUGCACGUUUGACUGCUUCUGGCGGAUGAUCUGGGAGCAGCGGGUAGCGAUUAUUGUGAUGAUAACGAAUCUAGUCGAGCGGGGUCGCCGAAAGUGCGACAUGUACUGGCCUAAGGACGGUACCGAGAUGUACGGCGUGAUCGCGGUCAAGCUGAUCCGGGAGGAGGUGAUGGCGACGUACACGGUGCGGACGUUCCAGAUCAAGCACACCAAGCUUAAGAAGAAGAAGGCCUCGCAGACGGAGAAGUUGGUCUACCAGUAUCACUACACGAACUGGCCGGACCACGGAACGCCCGAUCAUCCGCUGCCGGUGAUCAACUUUGUGAAAAAGUCUACGGCGGCCAACCCCGCGGAUGCCGGUCCAAUCGUGGUGCACUGCAGCGCCGGAGUGGGUCGAACCGGAACGUACAUCGUGAUAGAUGCCAUGCUGAAGCAGAUUGAGGCCAAGAACCAGUUGAACGUGUUUGGCUUUCUUCGGUACAUCCGCGCCCAGCGGAACUACCUGGUGCAAACGGAGGAGCAGUACAUCUUCAUCCACGAUGCGCUCGUCGAGGCGAUCGACAGCGGGGAAACGAACAUCAAGAUGGACGCGAUUGGGGGAGUGGUGAACCACAUUGAGUUCAUUGACAGCCAGUACAAGCUCAUCACAAGUUACCAGCCAAAGGAGAUCAACCUGACGUCGGCGCUGAAGCCGGUCAACGCCAUCAAGAACCGCAGCUCGCUGGUUCCGCUCGAGGGCAGCCGCGUCCACCUGACGCCCAAGCCGGGCGUCGAGGGCAGCGACUACAUCAACGCCACCUGGCUGCACGGCUACCGCCGGUUACGGGACUUUAUCGUGACGCAGCACCCGCUCAUCGACACCUUCAAGGACUUUUGGCAGAUGGUGUGGGAUCACAACGCCCAGACCGUGGUGCUGCUCUCGUCCGCCGACAACAUGUCCUUCCUGCAGUUCUGGCCGAACGAGUCGGAGCCGAUCGAGAGCGACUACUACCGGAUCCGGCUCGUGUCGGAGACGUCCGAGAACGACUACAUCGUGCGGAACUUUGUCAUCCAGUCCAUCCAGGACGACUACGAGCUGAGCGUGCGCAUGUUCGAGAACCCGAUGUGGCCCGAUAUGGCGCAGCCGCGGUCCAUCUUUGACUUUGCGGUGCGGGUGCACGAGCGGUGCGCAGAGUACCGGAACGGGCCGAUCGUGAUCGUGGAUAGAUACGGCGGCUUCCAGGCGUGCCAGUUCUGCUGCAUCAGCUCGCUCGCGAUGCAGCUCGAGUACGACCAGACGGCGAACGUGUACACGUACGCGAAGCUGUUCCACAACAAGCGGCCGGGCAUCUGGAGCUCGUACGAGGACAUCCGGCAGAUCUACCGGAUACUGUCGUACAUGCCGAAGGAGCUGGGUCUGCUCAAGUGCACCGAGCUGCGGACGGAGUUUGACGAGGCGGCCAUCAUGACGGCGACGCCCGACCUGUACAGUAAGAUAUGCAGCAACGGUAGUAUUAACACGCAUUUGAACAGUGGGCCGGGCGGCGGUGGCCAGGGUGGCGGCGGGCCGGACGGGGGCCCUACGGGGAAUGGGACGGAACGGAACGGUGGGCCACCGCAGGCCACGGCCAUCCAGAACGGGGGAACGGUGAUUGUGAAGAUGAACGGCGAGGAUAAUGACGAGCUGUCGGUGGUGGUGGCCACCAGCAACCAUCUGAACCUGGACCACAAUCAGACGUAAGAAGUGGCCAUUCCGAAUGAGAGAGGCGCGGGACGACGUAAGUUAACCAGCAAGUGUGUGUGUAUUAGUCAUGUGUCUGUAUAGUUUUAACGCGCGAGUUGCGAUUAUUGAGGAAUGCUCCAGUUUUGGUUGUUUUUUUCCAAGCUGAGACAACAGAAAACGAUAUUAUUUAUUUAACAAGUUUGCGGUCGGCAAACGAUAAAUGCGACUAAGACGAAAUUAAAGUGUUUUUGCUCCACUACUUUUGUUGAAACAUUUUUUUGUUUUUGUUUGGAAGAAUCUGGAAAGAUCGGUUGGAUUUGCAGAAACGGAAAAAGUCGAGCAGUUUUGACAGUUCGGACUCAAAUCUGCACGAGCAGUUGUUACUGCAACAAGUUAAAACACGAACACGACCGCACGAAUCGAGCAAUUUUUGGCAAACUGACAAAUACUGAUCGACUGCGUUGGUGCCCUCCAACUCUAGUCGGAAAUUGCGAGCAAAACUGCGCGGAACACGCACAAAUUCUCUUCUCAAAACAUUGCCACGGCAACGGAU